AGCAGAGUGCAGUAUUCAAUUGCAACUUCCAAAGUUUGAUGACGACUUGGAGAAGGAUAACAACUACCGUUUUGCACAGGAAAGUUGGACUUUUGUGUAGAAUUAUAGCUGCCUAAGCAAAACGUCAAACAUGUGAACUGAGGUAUAAAAAUAUUUGCUUUCCCCCCUCUUAUUGACAAUACAGUAGCGGCAAACGUGUAAAAAACCGAUUUGGAUGUGUCUAUAGCAUCUAACCUUUGGUCAUCUUCUUCAAGGAAGCAUGACCACCAAGACAGAAACAGAAAGUAGCUUCUUCCUCCCAACCAUGGCAGGCUAUUGCUGAAAUAACCAUCGUUUCUUUAGCCAAUCAGAAUCCAAAUCAAACAUUCUUGCAGCAGGCGAGUUUCAUGAGAGAACCAUGCAGCUGCUCAAUUUGCCGUGCAGCAGCUUCAGCACCACAACCACCAAAUUAUCUGUGCCUUUCUUUGGGCUUGCUGUUGUCCUCCUGCUCUCCUUUGCCUCUCCGACCAUUUCCUGCACGGAGCAGGAGGAGAGCUCCCUCAUCAGCUUCAUAGAUGGCCUCCUGCCAGGCCAUAACAGCAGCCUCAGCAUGUCAUGGGUGAAGGGCACAGACUGCUGCAAAUGGGAAGGCAUCACCUGCAGCAUCGAUGGCACAGUCACAGAUGUCUCACUGGCUUCACAAGGCCUCCAAGGGCGCAUCUCGCCAUCGCUUGGCAACCUUACUGGGCUGUUGCAUCUCAACCUGUCUCACAACUUGCUUGAUGGCAACCUACCAAUGGAAUUGGUGUUCUCCAGAAGCAUCGUCAUCCUUGAUGUCAGCUUCAACCGCCUGGAUGGUUCUCUGCCAGAGCCACAGUCCUCAAGUGAUAGUUUUCCUCUCCAGGUACUGAAUAUCUCAAGCAAUUUAUUUACUGGGAAGUUCUCAUCCCAACAAUGGGAGGUGAUGAAGAAUAUUGUUGCUCUUAAUGCAAGCAACAACAGCUUUACAGGACAGAUACCAUCUUCUAUCUGCAUCAAUGCUCCAUCAUUUGCUAUCCUUGACCUUUGUUACAACGAAUUCAGUGGCAGUAUUUCUCCAGGGCUUGGAAAUUGCUCCAAGCUGAGAGAGUUCAAGGCUGGCUACAACAACUUUAGUGGAGCUCUCCCCGAAGAACUGUUCAGUGCUACCUCAUUGGAGCACCUGUCUCUUCCUAAUAAUAAUUUGCAGGGAGUUCUUGAUGGUUCCCACAUAGUAAAGCUCGUCAAGCUGACUGUCCUUGAUCUUGGAUCGACGGGGCUCAGUGGCAACAUCCCAGAUUCUAUUGGCCAACUAAGCACAUUGGAGGAACUCCGAUUGGACAACAACAACAUGUAUGGUGAGCUGCCAUCAGGCCUAGGUAACUGCACAAAUCUGAGGUAUCUCAGCCUCAGAAACAACAGAUUUGUGGGAGAUCUUAGCAAAGUCAAUUUUACCUGGUUGAAUUUGAGGAUUGCAGAUUUCUCAAUUAAUAACUUCACUGGUACAAUUCCAGAAAGCAUAUACUCAUGCAGCAAUCUAAUUGCAUUACGGCUGGCUUUCAACAAAUUUUAUGGCCAGCUCUCACCAAGAAUGGGCAAUCUGAAGUCCCUAUCCUUCUUUUCAGUAUCCGAUAACCAUUUCACAAAUAUCACAAAUGCACUUCAGAUACUCAAGAGUUGCAAGAACCUUACCUCCUUGCUUAUUGGAACCAACUUCAGGGGUGAAGUCAUGCCAAAAGAUGAAACAAUCGAUGGAUUUGAGAAUCUUAGGGUACUGUCCAUAGAUUCUUGCGGAUUGGUUGGACAAAUCCCCCCUUGGAUAUCAAAGCUCAAAAAACUGGAGGUCUUGGAUUUAUCAAGCAAUACACUCACUGGACAAAUACCAUUUUGGAUUAGUGACCUGCCAGUUCUUUUCUAUCUAGACAUAUCAAACAACAAUCUUACAGGAGAUAUCCCAGCUGCGUUAAUGAACAUGCCGAUGCUACAAUCAGGAAAGAAUGCUGCCCAGUUGGAUCCAAAUUUCCUUGAAUUGCCUGUUUAUUGGACACCAGCACGUCAAUACCGGUUGCUCAAUGCUUUCCCUAACGCAUUGAGUUUAGGCAGCAAUAAUUUCACAGGAAUGAUCCCCUCUGAGAUUGGUCAGUUGAAAAUGCUCGAUGGCUUCAAUGUCAGCUUUAACAGGUUAUCUGGAGAAAUACCGCAGCAGAUAUGCAACCUGACUAACCUGCAAUUGCUAGAUUUAUCAAGCAAUCAUCUGACAGGUGCACUGCCAUCAGCACUGACUGAUAUGCACUUCCUUUCUAAAUUCAAUGUUUCAUACAAUGACCUAGAAGGGCCAGUUCCAACCGGAAGACAGUUUGGUACAUUUCUUAACACCAGCUAUAGUGGGAAUCCAAAGCUAUGUGGCCCUAUGCUCAGAAACCAGUGUGAUCGAGAACCAGAACAUGCAACCUCCCCGAAACAGCAGAACAAGAAGGCCAUUAUAGCACUUGCAUUAGGUGUGUUCUUCGGAGGGCUUGCCAUCCUUUUCUUGCUAGGACGUUUUCUUAUGUCCAUGAGAAGAACAAGCUCUGUCCACCAAAACAAGGGCAGCAGCAAUGGGGACAUAGAAGCAACUUCAUCGAGUUCUGUUUCAGAGCACUUACAUGACAUGAUAAAAGGAAGCAUUUUGGUGAUGGUACCUCGAGGCAAGGGAGAAUCAAAUAGUCUCACAUUCAAGGAUAUCUUGAAGGCUACUAAUAACUUUGAUCAGCAGAACAUUAUCGGAUGCGGAGGUAAUGGUCUAGUCUACAAGGCCGAGCUACCCAAUGGAUCCAAGCUUGCCAUCAAGAAGCUCAAUGGUGAAAUGUGUCUGAUGGAAAGAGAAUUCACUGCAGAGGUUGAAGCACUCUCCAUGGCACAACAUGACAAUCUUGUGCCACUAUGGGGUUACUGCAUCCAAGGAAACUCAAGGCUCCUCAUAUAUUCUUACAUGGAGAAUGGCAGCCUAGAUGAUUGGCUCCACAACCGAGAAAAUGGAAGGCCACUUCUAGACUGGCCAACAAGGGUCAAGAUUGCGCAAGGCGCAAGCCGGGGCCUUUCAUAUAUCCAUAAUAUCUGCAAGCCACACAUUGUUCACCGUGACAUCAAAUCCAGCAAUAUCCUGCUUGACAGAGAAUUCAGAGCUUGUGUUGCAGAUUUUGGCCUUGCUAGAUUGAUCCUUCCCUAUGACACGCAUGUUACAACCGAGUUAAUUGGCACUCUUGGCUACAUUCCACCUGAGUACAGCCAAGCAUGGGUGGCUACGCUAAGAGGUGAUAUAUAUAGUUUUGGAGUGGUGCUGCUUGAGCUACUCACAGGGAGGAGACCAGUCCAGGUCUUGCCCAAGUCGAAGGAACUCGUCCAAUGGGUCCGGGAGAUGAGAUCUCAGAGAAAGGAUGCUGAGGUCCUGGAUCCAGCACUCGGAGGAAUGGGCCAUGAAGAGCAAAUGCUGAAGGUUCUUGAUGUUGCCUGCAAGUGUAUCAGCCACAACCCUUGCAUGAGGCCAACCAUCCAAGAAGUGGUCUCCUGCCUGGAUAGUGUUGAUGCAGCCCUGCAGGUGCAGAUGUAGUUAAAGGAGAACAGAUCUAUAGACGGUGAUUUUGUACUUUGACAGGCUAGUUGUGUAGCUUCAGUAGAAACAAGAUUUGCUAACAAAUAUUACAGUUGGACUGUACAUCUGUGUAGAGGAAUGGCUCACAUCUAUGAGCAUCUGUAUUUA